AACUUUGAACAACAGCUUGAUACCUGAAACCAUUUUACUGGUCAUUAGUCUGUAUUUAGAUACAGUGAAGAUGGCAACUAGACCUAAAACACUUCCUGAGAUGUCUGCGAGCAGCUUCAGUCCAGAUGAUCCAGUGAUCCGAAUUCUUCUAAUGGGCAGAAACGGUUCUGGGAAAAGCUCAUCUGGAAACACUAUACUGGGAGAAAAGAAGUUUAAAGUCCAAAAACAUAAGAAGAUAAAUGAAGCUAAAGUUUGUGAAGAAGUAACUCAGACCAGUGAGAAGCAGGUGCAUGUGAUUGAGUGUUCAGACCUACUGGAUCCAGAUCUGAAUAAAGAGCAGCUGGAGAUGAUGAAGCAGCAGCUGGUUUCUCGAUGUUCAGCAGGUCUCAGCGCAGUUCUGCUCACCGUUCCUCUAGAGGAACCUGUGGAAAAUGAGGAAGAGAUCCUGGAUUAUAUCAAGUGCUUAUUUGGUUCUGAAGUUCAGAAGUACAUCAUGAUUCUGUUCACACGUGGAGAUGAACUGGAGGAUCUUGAUGAGACCAUUGAUCAACAUCUACAAAGCAAUGAUCAUGCGGAUCUCCAACGAUUGGUGACAGAAUGUGAAGGAAAGUUUCACUGUUUAAAUAACAAGAGUAAAUCAGAUGAUCAGAAACUAGAACUACUGCAGAAGAUUGAAGGAAUGGUGUUGGAAAACAGAGGGAAAUUUAUCAUGAAACAGAUGAUCAAUUCUCCGAAUGAGUCUACAGCAGAAGAUCAGGGUGACCUUCAGAUUCCUGAGAAGAAAGAUCUAAGGCUGGUUCUGCUGGGAAAAACUGGAUCUGGAAAAAGUGCCACUGGAAAUACCAUCAUCGGAAAAAAAGUGUUUGGAUCAACGGUCAGUUCAAAGUCUCAGACGAAACAUUGUCAUUCAGAAACUACAGUGAGGUUUGGUAAAAAGAUCACAGUGAUCGACACACCUGGACUUUAUGAUAAUGAACUCAGUGAAGAGAAAAUUAUUACUGAAAUAUGUAAAUGCAUUAUAUUAUCCUCUCCUGGACCACAUGCCUUUAUAAUUGUCAUAAAACUAGCUACAUUCACUGAUGAGGAGAAAAAUACAAUAAAGAAGCUGAAAGAAGUGUUUGGAGAACAGACAGAAAAAUACACCAUUAUCAUCUUUACCCAUGAAGAUCAGUUAGAGAAUGAAAAUAAAACAAUUGAUCAGUUUCUACAGGAUAGCGAUCCAGAUCUCAAAAAACUCGUAGAGAGUUGUGGAAACCGAUUACACUGUCUGAACAACAACUCUGCCAGUUUCCCACAAAGCAGAGAUUUGGUCAGUAAAAUAGAGAAGAUGGUGGCAGAAAAUGGAGGACACUUUACAAAUGACCUGUUUGAGGGAACAGAGAAAUGCCUUCAGGAGAUUCAGAAGCAGAAACUGUGUGAGAAAGUGAAGCAGUUAAAACGGCAGAAAGGGGGCAUUUUUACAGAAUGGCAGAAAAUAUUCUGGGGUUUAGUAGAGGAGUCUCGACAAGAAUCUGAGCAGAAUAUGAUUUUUGUGCUCAAAGCAGCUGUAGUUCAAUUCCUGGGAAAGCCUUUCAUAAGCCGAGAGGAGAAAGAGAGUGCCAUGAAUGAUGCUGUGAGCAUAGGAAUCAAACAUCCGAAGGCAAUUCAGCUUGCAAUCAGAGCGACACAGACACUAUUAAGACAGAAGUUGUGUGUGAUUCAGUGAGAAACUCAUUAAUGAUCAGACACACUAAAACUCAAACUUUUGAGCAUUUCUUUCUAAUGUUUUUUCAGGAACACAAGUAUAGGGAACACAUAUUCACUCUGAACUACAACUUUUGCCUCAAAGUCCUAAUUUACUUCUUAUUAAUAGUUAGUAAGGUAGUUGUUAAGUUUAGGUAUUGGGUAGGAUUAAGGAAUGUAGAGU